CUAGAAUACUAUCGUAGUACGGUCUAUGUAGUACAAUCGUACUAUAAUAUUUUUUUUUGAGUUAAGUUAACGAUUUUUAAUUUUAAAAUUUUAAGUGAAUUUGUGCUUGUGUUUUAAGACUGUUAACACUAUUAUAACAAUAAUAAUAGUUGUUUGGUUUUAACAAAUUAUCUAUAGGAUCCAGAGCCAAAACAAACCAAACCAAAACAAAUUAUCUAUAGGAUCCAGAGAAAAUAAGAUUCGCUGGAAGGUCCGGCUGGCAUGUGACUUUUGGGCCUAGGCCGGGCCGAGGCCCACCAGACGACCCCCCUCAGUCCCCCCACCGCGAUGCAUGCCGUCCUUUGCCGUUCCUGGCCGCUACUCGUCUUAUCCUGCCUGCUGCUAGCACUGUCCAUAGAUUAUUCUAUCGCUGGUACUUGUUGGUCCGCCAUGGUGAAAAACAGCAACGGCAAAUGUACAGAAAUCCUACACGAGCACAUAUCGAAAGAAGACUGUUGUACUAGUACUGCAUCCGUGACGACAGCUUGGUCAGCGGACGAGAUGGACUCGAGCUCACUGUUCUUUUGGAGGAUGCUGGGUGGUGGAGUUAACUGUCUGCCGUGCAGAAAUUCGUGUUCGAACGUCGACUGCGACAAGGACAAAGCCUGCGUGAUGCGCAAAGGCAUCCCCAAGUGUGUGUGCGCACCCACGUGCAAGGACGGCAAGAAGAGGCCCAAGGGCGCGGUGUGCGGCACCGACGGCCGGAGUUACCGCAGCACGUGCCGCCUGAAAAAGAAGUCGUGCAAGCAGAAGCUGCGCGACCUUUCCGUAGCUUAUUACGGUUUAUGCCAAAGUUCCUGUGAUAGAAUAAGUUGUCCCGACGGCAAGACCUGCCUCCUCGACCAGAAUCGGACGCCGCACUGCGCGCAUUGCCCGCGCAAGCAGCGCUGUGCAGCCGGUCCCAAGCACCGCCCAGUCUGCGCAGCAGAUGGACUGACGUACAAGAGCACGUGCCACCUGAGGGAGGUGGCGUGUCGGACGGGAAAGGCGGUACCGGUGGCGUACAAGGGCCCCUGCAAAGAAAACGUGACGUGUGACGACAUCCGUUGCCAGGACCGGCAACAUUGCCUCGCCGACGUCGCGGCCGGGGGAAGACCCCGGUGCGUGUCCUGCGCCGACGCAUGUCGCUCCAAGUACCUGCACGGACCUGUGUGCGCCACCAACAACAGCACGUACCCUACGUGGUGCCACAUGAUGCAGGACGCGUGCGCCAAGGGCUACGUCAUCGAGACCAAGUACGCCGGCAAAUGUGUAUCGAAGACAAAACUGGCACAUUUUUGAGCUGCAGAAGAUAGAUGACAAAAAUUAAUUUAAUUGGAAACCAAAGAUUUAGCAAAAAGCUGACACAACAUUAAUACUUAUGUAUUCCAUGUUAAACAAUUUAGACAAAUUUUACUUAAUUAGAUAUUACUCAAAUGUAUUAUAGAUUAUUUAAUUUAUAUUGUAACUUAAUAUA